CGUCAGUAAGUCAAGCAUGUUCCAAUAACGGGCUGUAUUAUCUGCUGCUAUUUGCAGUUUGCCGUAGCCAGGCACCAGACUGAGCUCGAGUAAAAAAGCUGCACAGGCUGCUCUUUACUUUUCCUCUGUGAUGGAAACGCUCUCAAAUGGACUGAAAUCUGGAUGGCAAAAGGAGGAGUCUAACUCUUGUCUGCGGCUUUGCUCUCUCCAUGCAAAACACAAGAGAUUCAUGUGAGCCUUCACUACAAGAGGGCAGAGGAUGGAGGCAGGUUUAAAGAACAGCACAUGCACAAUGAAAAGAUUUUGUGUGAGGUUGUUUGGAGUCAUUCUGUUGCUUGCAACUGAUCUGAGCUGGCUGAGCUUGAGAGAGCAGGCUGUGGCCAGUGCCCAGAAUAAUGAGAGAAGGGUGCUGGCGCAUCUCCCAGGGGACAUUAUCAUUGGAGCUCUGUUCUCUGUCCACCACCAACCACCUGCAGACAAGGUGCAUGAGCGAAAGUGCGGUGCAGUGCGUGAGCAGUAUGGGAUCCAGAGAGUGGAGGCCAUGAUGCACACUCUGGACAGGAUUAAUGCAGACCCCAAUAUCCUUCCCAAUAUUUCUUUGGGCUGUGAGAUAAGGGACUCGUGCUGGCACUCAGCGGUGGCUCUGGAGCAGAGCAUUGAGUUUAUCCGGGACACACUAGUGUCCAGCGACGAGGAGGAGAGCCAGGCCAGAUGCACAGUAGAAGGAGGGAGCGUACUCCUGCAGGGAAAGAAGCCCAUCGUGGGACUCAUCGGACCAGGAUCCAGCUCCGUGGCUAUCCAGGUGCAGAAUCUCCUGCAGCUCUUCAAUAUCCCACAGAUUGCAUACUCAGCCACCAGCAUGGAUCUCAGCGACAAGAGUCUGUAUAAAUACUUUAUGAGAGUGGUGCCAUCAGAUAUGCAACAAGCCAGAGCCAUGGUGGACAUUGUCAAGAGGUACAGCUGGAGCUAUGUGUCUGCAAUACACACAGAGGGUAACUAUGGUGAGAGCGGUAUGGAGGCAUUCAAAGACAUGGCAGCAAAAGAGGGGAUCUGCAUUGCCCACUCUGACAAAAUAUACAGUAAUGCAGGGGAACAGAACUUUGACAAACUGCUGCAAAAGCUCAUGGCCCAUCUACCCAAAGCCAGAGUGGUGGCCUGCUUCUGCGAGGGCAUGACAGUCCGAGGCAUUCUGAUGGCCAUGAGACGAAAGCGCCUGGUGGGGGAGCUGCUGCUGGUGGGAAGUGAUGGCUGGGCAGACAGGUAUGAUGUCACUGAUGGCUAUCAAAUGGAGGCUGCCGGUGGGAUCACCAUCAAGCUAAAGUCAGCACAUGUGAACUGGUUUGAUGAUUAUUAUCUGAACUUGAAGCCUGAUUCCAACCUGAGGAACCCCUGGUUUCCUGAAUUCUGGCAGCACCGUUUCCAGUGUCGCCUGAGAGGGCAUCCACAGGAGAGCCCAAAGUACAACCGCACUUGCAGCUGGAGAGAAUCUCUACGACACCAGUAUGCCCAAGAUACAAAAAUGGGUUUUGUCAUAAAUGCCAUUUACUCAAUGGCUUAUGGUCUGCAUGCCAUGCAGCAAACUCUCUGUCCAGGAUAUAAAGGUUUGUGUGAAAACAUGCGACCCAUAGAUGGCCGCAAGCUGCUGGAUUACCUAAUGAGAACCAACUUUACUGGUGUAUCUGGAGAGAUCAUCCACUUUGACCAGAAUGGAGACUCCCCUGGCAGGUAUGAAAUCAUGAACUUCAAGCAGAUCGGAGUGGGUCAGUACGCUUACAUCCACGUGGGAAGUUGGGAUCAGGGGGGUCUGAAGAUGAAUGAUGAGGAAAUAUGGAGCAACAGCAGUGAAAUCAUCCAAUCAGUCUGCUCUGAGCCCUGCCAAAAGGCUCAGAUCAAGGUGAUCCGUAAAGGAGAAGUCAGCUGCUGUUGGACUUGUACUCCCUGCAAGGAGAACGAAUUCGUCUUUGAUGAGUACACUUGUCGAGCCUGUAUCCUGGGCUCCUGGCCUACAGACGACCUUACUGGUUGUGCACCAAUUCCGGUCCAGUAUGUGCGAUGGGGGGAUCCAGAGCCAAUUGCAGCUGUAGUCUUUGCCUGUCUGGGACUCAUGGCUACUCUUUUUGUCACUUCUGUCUUCAUCAAGUUUUGGGACACUCCUGUGGUGAAGUCAUCUAGUCGGGAGCUUUGCUACAUAAUUCUUGCCGGAAUAUGUCUGGGCUACCUGUGCACCUUUAGCCUAAUUGCCAAGCCACACAUUGUCUACUGCUACUUACAGCGGCUGGGGAUCGGCCUGUCCCCUGCCAUGAGCUACUCAGCCUUAGUUACCAAGACCAACCGCAUAGCACGCAUCCUGGCAGGGAGCAAGAAGAAGAUCUGCACCAAGAAACCGCGUUUUAUGUCCGCCUGCGCACAAUUGGUCAUCGCCUUCCUACUCAUACUGCUGCAGCUGGGGAUUAUUGUGGCACUUCUUAUCAUAGAGCCACCAGAGGUGAUCUAUGAUUACCCCAGUAUCCGUGAGGUGCAUUUGAUCUGCAAUUUGACCACUUUGGGAGUGGUGGCGCCACUGGGUUACAAUGGCCUGCUUAUACUCAGCUGCACCUUUUAUGCCUUCAAGACUCGCAACGUGCCAGCUAAUUUCAACGAGGCCAAGUACAUUGCCUUUACCAUGUACACCACCUGUAUUAUCUGGCUGGCCUUUGUGCCCAUUUACUUCGGCUCUAAUUACAAGAUCAUAACUAUGUGCUUUAGCGUGAGCCUCAGUGCCACAGUGGCUCUCUGCUGCAUGUUUGUCCCUAAAGUGUACAUCAUGCUCGCCAAGCCUGAGAAGAAUGUGCGCAGCGCGUUCACCACUUCCACCGUGGUGCGGAUGCACGUUGGCGAUGCCAAGAAAGCUGCCAAGGCUGGCAAGUCAUCCAGCAGCAUGGCCAACCUGUUUCGACGUGGUGGAUCAACACAGGAUAACAUAAGUUCCAAUGGAAAAUCUUGGGGACAGACUGAACGGAGCUCCAGACCAAACUUGUGGAAGAGGAUGUCGUUCCACGUUAAGAAAAAAGACCCGGUCGAGGUGAAUCAGACUGCCAUCAUCAAGCCAUUUUCUAAAGGAGACACAACUGGGGAAAACAGUGUAACAGAGCAGUACGAAGGGCCACAGCUGUCUCAAUCUUUUACCUGCUCACCCUCUCAGUCACCUCUGCCCACCAUCAGUCCACGUGCAGCUAAAGCAAGAGGUCACCAAUCAGAUGACAGAGGUGAGGAGGUGCAGGUUUUACCAUCCUAUGCACCCGAUUUCUCUUCUGGGGUCAGGCGGAGAGGUGGGGACAACGGCCAGAUUGCUGCGAUUGUAGAAGGUGGGGACAUCAGCAUCAUUAGCGUGGGUGAAAUCGGCCAAACUCAGGGUACCACCAUCAUGGACCAGAUCAGCUGCGUUGUCAAUCGUUUCACCGCCAACAUCAGCGAGCUGAACACCAUGAUGCUGCCAGGAGGACCCGUCCUCCCGCCUUCCACCGCGGUACCGCCCGUUGCCUCAGAUAACUCCCCGUGUCCGUCCCAGUACUUCAACAGGCAGACGCCUUCUACCAUCACCACAUACGCCGAAGUGACUGCCGUCUCCAACUGCUGCGACAAUCGGCCGAAGAUUUACGAGCAACUGGCUGGGACUUGCACGGGCGGCAGACGGGCAAAGAAUCCGGAGGAGCUGAUGGCUCUGACGCCUCCGUCCCCAUUCAGGGAUUUCUCCCUGAGCUCCGACGAGAGCUCGCCUCCCUCGCUGUCCCCGGCUUCUGAGGCCGAAUGUGACCAGCUGCUGCUGAGACACUACCAGAGCUCCUCCUCUCUUUAGACCUCCUCUCUGCGUUUUGCUUUUGUCCGGAGUAUUUUUAUCUCCGUAAAGACAGCCAUUUUUGCCAGGACCAAACUUUUCAAUGCCUUUCUACAUGUGGAUAUUGUGGAUAAUCAGUUGGUUUUUGUAAAGUUUUCAGAUGGGACUGAAUACGCUUCAAAUGUCAGUUGGGGCUAGGAUGUAGAAAAGAAUACCGCUUAUACAGGUAAAACGAUUUCUUAAAGCAGUUCCAGUCAAACAUUUAUAAUCACUAAUAAGACACAAAUGUCACAUAUUUGGGAAUUUGAAUCAUUAAUUUGAACUAUUUCUUUACAGUAGCUGGCAUAUUGUUUUAAUAAGAUAACAUGCGAUUUUGUAAAACUAGAAACUUUCAAUUUGUUAUUUUUGUUUAUUUUUUUUCAUUUACACUGGAUCAAAAUUAUAUGCAGGAUAUUUACAUUAGAUUUUGCUUACAUCCCCCAGUUAAUAGCAAUAAUGCAUCGAAUUGCUGCUGUGGACUGUGACACUAAUGUUCCAGCAUCUUGCAAUUUACAAUCUUCUUGAAUCUUGAUGGUUCUUCUGUUGUUCCAAGAGUUUGGGUUAGAUGGCUUUAACUUUGGCAAAAUGUGUGUUCUCACAGGAAAAUCAUCAUAAGCAGAUGUCACAACUGGUUUUGUAACAGAUACAAAUAGGCAUGUGUGCACUGUGAAGAUGCAUAUAUAAUUUUUACAGUGCAGACCACACUACACAACUCUACAAGAAGUUUUAAUUGCUGCACCCAGUGGUUGUUUUUACAGAAUAGUUACCGUUAUAUGGAAUACUGUUAUUCCAUCCUGGGAAAAGAAGGAUGGAAAUACAUGAAUAAAAGCCAAAAAUGUACAUGACAUUUAUGCCAAUGAUGACUAUAUCUAAACUUUUGACAGGAACCACACAAUCACAAAACCUUAAAUAUUAAAUAACAUAAAAUGUAUUAAAUAAACAAACAAAAACAAACCCAGAACUGAACUUAGUGAUAAUUUUAAUGCGCUGAAAGCCAAGGGCAUUUAAAGAUUUUCUACGGCUUUGUCCUAAACAUGUUUCCAACUCCAAAGAAAACACAGAUGUUAAGCUGAAGACUAUUUUAUUUAUAAGCUUUUAAAUCACAUCUUUCUUUAUUCAAGUAUUCUUUUUAAGUAUUUCAGAAAAUUAAUUUAAAAUUACACAUGGAUCUCAUCUAAAUCAGUGCGUGUAUUGAAUUGUUGUAUUUCAGUUGUAUAUUUUUAGCUAUUUACGAUCACUGAAAGGAUGACUUGUUUUUUUUUUUAUCUUGUUGAGGAGUUUAUGUAUAAUGAUGUUUUGUUUUUAUUUACCUACAAACCUCAGAAAAAAAUUAAGUUUAAGAUCAGAAAUGACAUUUUUUUUACUGACUCACUUACUCAUUGGCAACCCUUACAGACAAAAAAAAAAGCAUACAAAAACUGCAAAUAUUGCAUUUUGUUGUGCAUUCUCAUCCUCCUUUCAGCAAAUCCUCCUCUUCUGAGUGGAAAGAAGCUGUUUGCAUCUCCAGGAAAUACAAGCUACUGUCUCAGUGAACACAAUCAUCAGGAAUGUAACCCACAAAGAGCUUAAAGACACCUUGGAUGUUUUCUUCUGUCGUUCUUUAUCAACAUGACUUAGCUGAAUGUAUGAUGAGGUAGGAUUUGUAAGAAGACCAAAACUAUUUUCCAUCUCAGGAUGCAUCUGAAAUAAAUUGUUUCUGACUGCAACUCUUUCCUCCUGGAUUAGUGAAGUUGCUGGUUUCCACUUUGCAUGAUCACUCUCUUUAAAUGCAUUAACUUUAAAUAUCUUGGAAUUAGAAUUUUAUGGUUAUUAGAUACAGUAGCAAAGCCGUUAUAUAAGUAGUGAGCUUGAUUGUUUUAAGGUUUAGUUUGAGCAAGAGAGAAGCAAACAGUGUUGAAAAUGUGUUGGAUUUUCUCGCCUUGCUGUGCCAGUCUCCUGCUGUGGAUUGAGUUUUGUUUCUUUAAAAUAGGUCACAAAAUUUACAUUUCUUUUGCCUGGUUCUUUCAGCUCACACAGUACUCUGUUUUGUUAUGUUCUUUUUUUUUUCUGAAUAUUUGAAGUUCUAGAUGAAUGUUUGUAUUCACAGACUCACAGCUUUUUAGCCUGUGAGACAAAACUGAUAUUUAUGUUGCAGCUAUCCUUUAUGUGUUUAUCUAUUUCUUUAUUUAAAGUUUGGCUUCAGUCCCUUAUCUCUCUGUUAACAUUUACACAGGCGAUGAUGUGUUUAUAUUCAGUAUUUAUUUAUUUAUUUUUUAUUGAGUCAUAAUCUAAGUAUACUCCUGGAAAGUUACCAUAUUUGCAUGUACCUUUGUACAUUUUGCAGACUAAAAUGUGUGUUUGUGUUUGUAACUUAUUGAAGAUAGCCUGUAUUUUUCUUUUAUAAAUUUCUGACAGACUUUUACUGCAUUAAAGGAAUCCACCUAAAUUUA